AUGAUGAGACGAGUUGUACGGCAGAGCAAAUUCCGUCACGUCUUUGGCGCAGCGGUGAAGAACGACCAAUGCUAUGAUGAUAUUCUGUCAAGGGUCACAUGGGACAGCUCCUUCUGUGCAGUCAACCCAAAAUUCGUUGCCAUAAUUAUCGAGGCCAGUGGUGGCGGGGCUUUCCUUGUUCUCCCUCUUCACAAGACAGGCCGCAUUGACAAAUCCUACCCCACAGUGUGUGGUCACACAGGCCCGGUGUUGGACAUCGACUGGUGCCCUCACAAUGAUCAGGUCAUCGCCAGCAGCUCAGAGGACUGCACAGUGAUGGUGUGGCAGAUACCUGAGAAUGGUCUCGUCACUGCACUAUCUGAGCCUGUAGUGGUUCUGGAGGGCCACUCCAAGCGUGUUGGCAUCAUCACAUGGCAUCCAACAGCACGCAAUGUCCUGCUAAGUGCAGGUUGCGACAACCAGAUCUACAUCUGGAACGUGGGCACAGGGGAGGCCAUGAUCAGCCUGGAGGACAUGCACCCUGACGUCAUUUUCAACGUGUGCUGGAACCGCAACGGAAGCCUCAUCUGCACCUCGUGCAAGGACAAGGCCAUCCGUGUCAUCGACCCUCGCAAGGAGACCAUCAUUGCUGAGAAGGAGAAGGCACAUGAGGGCGCUCGACCAAUGAGAGCCAUUUUCCUCUCCGAUGGAAACCUCCUCACAACCGGUUUCAGUCGCAUGAGCGAGCGACAGAUCGUCCUUUGGAACGCACAAAACAUGGAGGAGCCCAUGACCGUUCACGAGAUGGACACCAGCAACGGAGUUCUGCUGCCCUUUUACGAUCCAGACACCAACGUGGUUUACCUCUGUGGGAAGGGUGACAGCACCAUCCGUUACUUUGAAAUCACGGAUGAGUCUCCCUAUGUUCACUAUCUCAGCGCCUACUCCUCCAAGGAGCCUCAGAGGGGGAUGGGCUACAUGCCUAAGAGAGGCCUUGACGUCAAUAAGUGCGAAAUUGCAAGGUUCUUCAAACUGCAUGAAAGGAAGUGUGAGCCCAUUGUGAUGACUGUCCCCAGAAAGUCUGACCUCUUCCAGGAUGAUCUGUACCCGGACACGGCCGGCCCGGACCCCGCCCUGGAGGCCGAGGAUUGGUUCGAGGGCAAGAAUGGAGACCCCAUUCCCAUCUCCCUCAAGAACGGCUACGUCCCCAACAAAAGCCGCGAAUUCAAGGUGGUUAAAAAGAACUUUUUGGACGGCAAGGGGACCAAGAAGUCAGAGAACUCGAGCCCUGCCAACAGGUCUGCCUCCCCGACUCCAUCAAUCAAAUCUGAAGCCAAGCUGGAGGAGAUCUUGAAAGAAAUCAAAUCCCUAAAGGACCUGGUCAGCAGUCAGGAGAAGCGAAUCAUCAAACUUGAAGAGCAAAUGUCCAAAAUUGCCAUUUAGUGACCCUUGACCCCGACCCGCUACAAUUCAGGACGUUCCAUUGGCUGGGGGUGGGCGGGACCAGUCACUGCCUCUCUCAAUGACAGUGUUUCGCCUGAGGCCUGCCUAGCAACGAUCCCUAGCAACAUUCCAGAUGAACUUUUUCUUAUCCAGCCCCCCGACCCCUCACUUCAACACAGGUGGAAUAAGGACGUGUGGCAAACUAAGCAGGAAACACUCUCGCUUUUUUGUGACAAGACUCUAUUCCUUUUAUUGUGUGGCAGUCUUUUUUUUUAUUUUGUCUACUUGUGUCAAACAGUCCUACUUAUUCUUGAUUUUAGAAUUAUGACCAAGGAAAAAACGGUGUCUAUAGAGUCCCCUUUGCAUCUCCACAUAUUUUUAAGUAGGUUCAGUUGUUUCAACAUUAUUUCCCCCAAAAUGAUAAAGUUGCCAAAUUUCCGAUUAUGGGAACGCCCCCUUUACAGUAUUUCUUUUUUUUUUAUGUGGAAACAUCCAAACCAGGAAUGCUUAUUGCAGUCAACAGGUUAUAAAAGGAGGAGGAGACCGCUGUCAUUGACGUUCUUUGAAAUAAAAACAAUAAACUAAAAGUUAUUUCCACAUCCUUAAAAUCUACAGCGAGGAUGUUUAAUUCUGAAUGAGCACAGAUAAACCUGUCGCAGCCAACAUACCGCUUAGCCCACAGACGAGACGUGAAUGAGACGUCUGCCGUCUGUGUCCCAAGCUGCUCAAACUAACGCCUGCUUUCUGCCACUCCUGCUGCUUCCCGUCGUUCUGACUGUGGACAACGGUCCGUGUAAACAUGCAUUCCUUUCUAUCUGUCCUUAAUUAACAUGCACCGCGUGCGUCAGGCGGAGAAACACAUUCCACAACAAUCCUCGGCAGUUCUUGACGCAGGCGGGAAAAACACCUCUGUAAAGUGAAACCCCUCGGUCGUUUUGUGUUUGUGACAUCUCUGUGUUGCCCAUGACGACACUGACCUCGGCUCUGCGGAGUUUCUGUGCGAGGUUCAGUCAACUGCCUCGGUGUUAGGCAACCACUCGGGUUGAUGUCCAACAUACACGUGUCGUCAGCUGUAGUGGGAUUGUUUUUUUUAUACAGAUCUGAGACUUAAAACAAAGCAUCCGAGGAGUGCUACAGAAACUGUUCAUGAUGGACGUUGAAGGUCUGGAUUGUGCGUGAACACGUGCCUCUUCUGGCUUCCUGUCACUAUGGAUCUCUGCUUUUUUUAUUUUUAGGGGGAACUCAGUAGAGAGGUCAAAACUGCACUGCAAAAAAACUUAAAUCUAAGCAAGUGUGUUUGUCUAUUUUCUAGCCAAAUGAAUCUUUUACAUUUGAUACAAGUCACGAUCACCUGACGAGUCCCGAUAAGAAUAAAUAAAAAAAAAUAAAAACUGAAUCAUAGCAAAAUUUGCUAAAGUAGAACUGACAUGAAAGGUUGUCAGGAUAACAGAGUUCUUAAUAUCCAUACCUGUUCAGUUACCAUGGCAACAAAUGUAGAAGUCUUAGACACCCAAUAUCGGAACUGUCUAAAUUGCACAGUUAGCUCAUAUUUGUGCAAUAGCGCGUGCAGGAGAUUGUCUGCAAUCCUUAAUGGAUGCAUUCCUCUCCGACACAGCAGUCUGAUGAAUAAGAUCUAGGUGUUUUUUAAAGCUUCAGCACUCUUUUGUUCCAUCUUUCAUUAAAAAUAACAAAGAAUGCAUUGAUUUAAACACGGAGUAUUAAAAAAAAAAGACAUUUUUGACAACCUUUCUCAGAUAUUCCUCCUACUUUAGACAUUCGGAUAAAAGUUUCUUGCAGCUUUGGCAGAUAUUUGUACUCAUCACUUCAGGCUUCAUUUUCUGCUCUCUAUAUCUUGAAAUAGGAUGUUUUUCUGGGCUUGUCAGGUGAAUGUGGCUUAUAAUAACGUGUGAUGAGAUAUUUGUGACUUGGUAAGAUUUGAUUUUUUUUGCAGUGAGGUCUUGAACUUGGAUGAAUUGAACACCCAGGUUCCUCCUCUUGUCGUUUAGUGUUUCUUGUUCCAGCUGUGCUCGUAUCCCUCUUAGCACUUCCACAUCUUGUAUAUCUUAAGGUUACUCCCCAAUUAGCCCUCCAUCAGUCAGUUAAGGAACCAUUUCAACGCCCGGUCCGAGCUGCUCUGUUCAAGCAGCUCUGCUUCCUCCUGAUGUUCGUUCCCCAUAUGGAAGCUGAGACGGCUUAUGGUUCAGUCUGUUGUUUGCCUUCAAUGUUUGUUACCACUGUAAAGACCUGAAAGUGCCAUAGAGGAGAGCACGGACGUGAGUGUUUAAAAGGGGACUGUUGUGUGAUAGGUUUGUGUAGAAGAGUCAAUAGGUGCCCGGAUUUAAAAACCACUUUGAGGUGCUCGUACUAAAGGAAAAACUCGUUCAAAAAGACCCUGUUUCUGAAGUCCUGCCGACCCCAUCCCACAAUCCACCAGGUGACAUUUUCUGGUCUGGAUUUGUUUGCUUUGCUGCCGCUGACGUUCACCGCUUUCCAACCUCGGUACGGGUAUUCAAAACAUCCUCAGAAACGAUGUCAAACCGAGAAGCUGUUUGUGAACGCACAGUCUUUAGAUCCAUCAUGAUUUAAGAGAGUGAGAGGAAAGCUGCAGAAACAGAAACGGGUCUGAUGCAACGACACUGCCCUAUCCUGUAUAUCAGUUUCUUUACAGCACCGUCGGCACGAGAGAGAGAAAGAGAGAGAAGUAUUUGAGGAGUAGUGAAUAGUGAUCCAAAGGGACUCAGUAGGUUGAGAAAUGUGAUGUUGAAAGAUAGAUGUAUGUUUGUAAUUAAGGUCUAGGAAAUGUGUGAAAGCUGUAAAUAACAUGACCAUAUUUUCUGUAUUUUUUUUUUUUCAUUUUGUUUGGUGGUUGUGCUGAAGAGGGUAUUUGUGUGGGAGGUGGGUUUUAAAUGUUUCCCCUUGUCUGUGUUCCCUGCACCUUGCCAUAACGCAUCAUGAGAAAAGCAGAACCGCUGUUUAAUGUCGGAGGUCGUGUGAAUAUCGAGAAAGCCAAUCAGACGAAGAGGAGAGAGGAAAAAAAAAAAAAACGAAACCUGGACGAAGCCUUGUGUCUGCUCAGCAUUUUUGUUCAUUAUUCUUGCUUCAAGUAUCAAACAUUGAUUAUAAGAAAAAUUAAUAAAGAAUUUUUAAAAUGGG